ACUUAAUCAAUCCCCCUUCGCAAGGCAACCGAUACGGAGAGUAAUUUCAACCUAAAUGUUCUCGUUGGUCGGAACCCGUUUAAAUUCAGACUGUACUCCUCACAAACACUGGACUAAGAUUUCUGAUCAAAUACAGGGAAUCAUAAAAUUCCUGUCUAAUUGAAAGCCCUACUGUAGUAUUGUCUUAAAAAUCCUCGGAUUUGAACACAGGAAUCACCUCUGCUAUCUACAAUCCACAAAAAAUCCCGAUUCCACCAUGCAGGCAAUAACAGGAAAUGCUUUCCCGACUGUGGUUAACACGGCCAUACCCGAUCCGCCGCCUUUCUUCGCCCAAAAUCUGCCCACCCGCCCUUUGCCCACAAACGCCGCCUGGCAAAAUUUCGUCCUAAAGAAGGCCGACCAACCAGAAUACAUUCAUCCAUACCUUGUCCAAUCCAAACAUGGUGCCCUUACAGUUUGCUACCCGGCCCGGGCCGUCAACACGGCCUUCAUAUUCCAAGCUUUCGUAGCCAAUUUCAUCAUCUCCUGCGGACCCUCGGGCUCUCACAAGCUCACCCACUUCGACGACCUCAGUGUUACUCUGGAGCUCCCUGGUCCUCUCAUGGUUCCCCUGGUGCGAGGUAGCCCUUACAUCACUUGCAUUGUCAAGGGUGGGCACCUCAAAUUCUCCACCAUACAUGCUGUCUUGGAUGUCUCUUCCUUCAACGACUGUACCAAGCACAAGAUCCAGUUCAACAAUGGCCAAACAUGGCUUCUUUAUAGCUCUGCUCCAUUGAAGCUCAAUUCUGACCUUUCUGUCUCGGGGGAGUUUCUAGGCGUCCUCAGAUUGGCCUUGCUUUCUGACAAAGUCAACCAGGUUGCGGAUAAAAAAGAGCGGGUCUUGGAUCGCUUUAGUACCUGCUAUCCGAUCUCUGCUCAUGUUGACCUCACUACUCCUUUCAGGAUUAGUUAUAAGUGGAAGACGAGAGGGUGGGGGGAUUUGCUUAUGCUUUCCCACUCUGUACACAGACAAAUAAUGACAGUCCCAGGGCAUGAUAAGGUUAUCUCAGAGUUCAGCUAUAGAAGCAUGGAUGGGGACCUGGUGGCUAUAGUUGGGGAUUCAUGGGUUUUAGAGGAGACACCCAUACCCAUAAAUUGGUAUUCAAUCAAAGGAUUCCAGAGCCACAAUGAAAUGCAAACAGUGGUCUCUGCUCUGAAGAAGGAUGUUGCAGACCUGAAUCCGAUCAAAACUACAUCUAGUUAUUUCUAUGGAAAGGCAAUCGCCAGAGCUGCUAGGUUGGCUCUAAUAGCAGAGGAAACACAUUGUCAUAGUCUGAUUCCUCACAUAAGAGAUUUUUUGCAGCAAUCCAUAACACCCUGGUUGGAUGGUACUUUUGAAGGAAAUGGAUUUUUGUAUGAUGACAAGUGGGGUGGGCUGAUUAGCAGAAAUGGUGCCCAAGAUUCGGGUGCUGAUUUUGGGUUAGGAGUAUAUAAUGAUCAUCACUACCAUUUUGGGUACUUUUGCUAUGCAAUUGCAGUGCUUGGCAAGCUUGAUCACAAUUGGGCUAGGAGGUUCAAACCCCAGGUCUAUUCCAUUGUGAAGGAUUUCAUGACUGUUAAUCCUGGGGAAGGGGUGGUGUACCCUCGUCUGAGGAAUUUUGAUCUGUGGAAGCUGCAUUCUUGGGCGGGUGGGCUCACAGAAUUUGCAGAUGGGAGAAACCAGGAGAGCACCAGUGAGGCCUUGAAUGCAUACUAUUCUGCAGCAUUGUUAGGUUUGGUUUACGGAGACACAGAUUUGAUUGGGAUUGGGUCUACCAUGGCUGCAUUGGAGAUGAGGUCUGCCAAGGCCUGGUGGCAUGUUCCUUUGAAUAGCACUGUUUAUGAGUCUGAAUUUGUGCAGGAGAACCGCAUUAUGAGUAUUUUGUGGGCUAAUAAGAGGGACAGUGGGCUGUGGUUUGCUCCUGCCCAAUGGAGAGAAUGCAGACUAGGUAUUCAGUUGCUUCCCAUUCUGCCCAUUACUGAACUUUUGUUCUCUGAUGUGGGGUAUGUUAAGGAGUUGGUAGAAUGGACUGUCCCUGCAUUGAGCAGGGAGGGUGUUGGAGAGGGAUGGAAGGGGUUUGUAUAUGCAUUAGAGAGUUUGUAUGACAAAGACAGUGCUCUGCAGAAGAUAAAAGCUCUGAAGGGGCAUGAUGAUGGCAAUUCACUGACAAAUUUGUUAUGGUGGAUAUAUACAAGAGGUACUGAUGAUUCUGACUGUUCAUGUUCCUAUUCAAUGAAGGAAUCGAGUAGAUAUUGUUCCUAGUUUCUUUCUAUCAUGUUUUUCCAAAACUCCCCUUUAGGAACAUCAUCUGUGCCUAAAUGUGCAAGUUACCUGAAUAAUCAUAAUAUAGCAUUUGCCUUAACUGUAUAACGCUUCAUUUUUCUAUCAAUCUCGAAAGAAAUUCAGGAUCAGUCUUCAAUCCUUUCUAUCCGAACACAAUGUAAUUUAGAUGUUACACUUCUAUCUUCCACCUAUUUUCACUUAAUCCUGUCAAUACUGCAUCUCUUUGUUCU